AUGGAGCUAAAUGAUAAGCUACUUAGAUUCGAUGCGAAGACUCUGCUUUCCUCAAAUACUGGAGAUAUCUCAAAGGUCUUUGAAGGCACUGUUGAUGGCUCGCCUGCUAUUCUUACCCUUCAUAAGGUGGCCUUCAACGAAGAAUAUACCUCCCCAAGUGCGCAUAAAGUUAUCCACGAGAAUGAUGUAUAUACAAGCGGCACAUUUUUGGCAAGUGAGAUGAUUAAGUACAGCCUUAUACACCCAGCGACAGAGACACAGAUUAAAAAGUACAGAAAAUCUGAGUAUGUUUUGGUAAAGGAAACUGCCGAAAUGUAUAGAACAAAAACCCUCCCACAUGCUCUUAAGCAUAGCCCUAACUGCAAAUGGAUUGACACAAUCUUCCAGCAGGCAGACGGGUGCGCCACCCCGUGUAUAACCGAAAGCAAAGAGCAUGUUCUUUUUAUGGACAAGGAGUUCCUGAUUUGCCCUGACUUAAAGUGGGAUCGAGUAACACUUGAGUCGCUCUAUCUUCUAGUUCUGUUCAAAGACCCUAGUAUUUACACACUUAGAGAACUCCGCCAGGAGCAUAUUCCACUUCUUGAGAGAAUUCAGCAGGCUGCUGUAGAGGCCCUUGCCAUGCACAAUUACACAACAGACAAAGUCAAGAUAUACUUCCACUACUACCCUACCUUCUACAGAGCGCACGUUCACAUAUCAUCUAUUUCUUCUUCGUGGCCUGGCACGUCUAUUGGCAAGUCUGUCUUACUAAAUGAUGUAAUUGAAGGACUGAAAGUGUCCUCAACAUACUUCCAGGAUAAAACAAUGGAGGUAUGUAUUUCUAAGGAGUCUUACAUGUAUUCAAUAUAUUCUGAAUAG